GGCCCGGGGGCCGGCGGGGCCGGGGGCGUCGGGAUGAUGCGGACCCAGUGUCUCCUGGGGCUGCGCACCUUCGUGGCCUUCGCCGCCAAGUUCUGGAGCUUCUGCCUCUACCUGCUAAGGCGGCAGGUCCGCACGGUGAUCCAGUACCAGACUGUGCGUUAUGACGUCCUCCCCCUGUCUCUCGUCUCCCGGAACCGGCUCGGCCAGGUGAAGAGGAAGAUCCUCGUGCUGGACCUGGACGAGACCCUGAUCCACUCUCAUCACGAUGGGGUCUUGAGGCCCACGGUGCGGCCCGGCACGCCCCCCGACUUCAUCCUCAAGGUGGUGAUAGACAAACACCCCGUCCGUUUUUUUGUACACAAGCGGCCCCACGUGGAUUUCUUUUUAGAAGUGGUGAGCCAGUGGUACGAGCUGGUGGUGUUCACGGCCAGCAUGGAGAUCUAUGGGUCAGCGGUGGCCGACCGGCUGGACAACAGCCGCAGCAUCCUCAAGAGGAGGUACUACAGACAGCACUGCACUUUGGAGUUGGGCAGCUACAUCAAGGACCUGUCGGUGGUCCACAGCGACCUCUCCAGUAUCGUCAUCCUGGACAACUCCCCAGGGGCCUACAGGAGUCACCCCGACAACGCCAUCCCAAUCAAGUCCUGGUUCAGCGACCCCAGCGACACCGCGCUCCUGAACCUGCUCCCCAUGCUCGAUGCCCUCAGGUUCACCGCCGACGUCCGCUCCGUCUUGAGCCGGAACCUACACCAGCACCGACUGUGGUGACGGACGCCCCCCCCGCCCCCUCCCCCCUCGGCGGGCUCCGCUCAGACGAGAAGCGGCGAGAGACGGCGGAGUGGGGCCCGGCCCCCUCACCCUCCCGUUCGGACUCGUAGCGGGAGAGGAGGCGGCGGCGGCGGCGGCACGGCCCCGCCGGCCCCUUCUCCCCGCCGGCCCCCCGUCGGAGGACUGCGGACAGUGGCGCCCCCGCCCUCCCCGCCCGAGGCCCCGGCGGGGCUGGGGGGAUGGCGGGGUGGGUUUGGAGGGGUGGUAGCCCCGGGGGCCUCCGCGGGGCCUCCUUGGAACAGACGGCGGUUUGAGAGAGGGUGGGGGGCGGGGAGGAGGGCGAAAGGGUGGUCCCGAAGGGUCUUGGGGAGCCCAUGGGGCCCAUUGUGGUUUGAAUUUUUUUUUUUUUUUUUUUUAAAAAAACCUCUUGUACAAAGCA